ACCCUAGAAUGAGAAAAAGUUCUACACUUUAAUUCUAAUAGAAAAAUAACUAAAGCAGCCACCUUAAUUAACUGCCUUUCCGAAGGCUGUUUAAAUUUGAAUUUGAAGAUUCUUUUGCACAGUCUCGUAUACGUGGGGUAUGCCUACGACCCUCCGUACCAGCAAGAGCUAGUCACGGCAUGCGUGCCGGCUAGAGCAUGCGCACGUGAUACUAUUUGUCUCUUUCAUGCAAUUCGUCAAGUUAUAGAAUGUGACAAGUAUGAAAGGAGCAACGAUUGCUAAAUUAUCUUUGUUCCUGCUAUGCGUGCUGCUAGAAAGAUACGCAUCCGCUGAUCUACAAGGGUUUGAGGUGUGUCACAUUGAAAACUACGAAAACGACAGUGCAAUUUCGUACGACGAUGGCAUUACACUAAACUGCAUAUGUAUACCUCCUCCUGCAAGAGGAAUCACUUGGUGGCGUGGCAAAAGCAAGCAAAUUGAGCCGGGAGGAUCGGUUGGCAUUGAAUCUAGGGUAGAAGGACAGUUGCUCUAUUCCAGCAAAUUAACAAUUACUGGUUCUCAACUACGUGGACGAGUUUGCUGCAGAACAGAUAGAUCUAUUUUAUGUGUCAACCUUACUUUCUCUCCUCCACCAUUCGUCAAUAUAUCAGUAAUAGAUUAUCACUACUUGGGGAAUGAAUCUUAUUUGGUUCUAAUCAGCUGUACCCUCAGAACCCAAAAAGAAACAGUUCGUGAUAACGCUUUAUCAGUAGUUAUUCAGAAUACUCAGAAGUCUACAAAUGAAUACAUUCUAACAAAAGAAGGAAAUGAAAGCAAUGGAAAGAGUGUGCAUUUUAGUAAAGAGCAGCAAAUUUAUGAGAAUGUUAGCUAUGGUUCCGUACUGUAUUGCGAAUAUUUGGACCCUACUACUUACAAAUCGUUUCAGAGUAUGAACUUGUCGUUUCUGCCUACACUCUAUUCUCAUGACACAGAAGGAAAAUCAAGCAACGCGAUCAUUGUAAUUUCAGGAGCUGUGGGAGGAUCAGUCGUAAUUAUUGGUUUCUUAAUACUCAUGAUAUGUGCAUGCUGUGGUGGAUGUCGACGUCUACUGCUGAUCAUACACUGCGCAGUGCAGCACAAUAUUGAAACUGGACCUAACCUACACGAUUUGGACAAGUCUAGUAAUUCAGAUCAAAACAUUACCAAUCCACUUCCGAAAGACAACAACGAGAACGGCGACACUGAUUCUGAAACGAAGGUUCUGCAACAAGGAAACAGAUUUAGCAAAGAAGACAAAGAACACAGAAAGACACGAGAGGCAUUAGCAAUGGAAACACUUGAAGUCAUAGGUGAAGACAAAGAAUGUGUGAUGGAGAAAUUGGACAAAAUUCACACGGAUGUUAACAAAAUAUUGCAAAAUAGCAAAGACAAAGACAGCCUAGCUGGUAGCAUAAUUGAUAGCAUGGUGUAAUUGGGCUUAGCGCAAGUAGGGUUUGUGUGGUGUGAGGUGUUUUGAGGUGUGUGUGUGUGUGUGUGUGUGUGUGUGUGUGUGUGUGUGUGUGUGUGUGUGUGUGUGCACGUGCCUUCAUGGGUGCAUGCGUGCGUGCAUGCAUGGGUGUGGCACGCGGACACACAGACACACAGAGCUGUUGUUGUAGAAGCAAGCAAAAUAAUAAAAGGAAUGG